GGGAGGCGGCCGGGCGGCCGGGCGGGCGGCGGAGCGGGCCGAGGAGGAGGAGGGCGAGGCGGCGGCGGCGGCGGGUCCGGCGGCGGCUCAGCCAUGAUUUGCGGCAAGAGGAAAAAGUCCCGCCUGGAGAGCCCCCCCCCGCCGCCCCCGCCGCGCCAAGGAGCCCCCCCGCCCGCGCCCCCGGGGAAGCUGUCGGCGCAGCGCACCUUUCAGAAGCUGGGCCUGACGGACGACGAAGACAUCAAGGUGCUGCUGAAGGGCUCCCUGCUCUGGAAGAUCAAAGGCCGCCAGCAGCAGAAGCAGAGGCUCCACCGCCUCCAGAACGAUGGGAUGAACAUCUGGUUCGAGACCCGUUUCAAGAGGGCUCACUCCAAACACGUCUUCUCCAUCUUGCACAUUGAGAGUGUGCGCGAGGGCUUUCAGUCCGAGGGGCUCCGAAAAUAUGGCGGGUCCUUCCCCGAGCCCCAGUGCUUCACAGUCGUUUUCCGUGGCAAGCGGAAAAACCUGGACCUGGCAGCCCAGACGGCCGAGGAGGCUCAGCGGUGGGUGAGGGGCCUCACCAAGCUGAUGGCCAGAGCGGAAGCCAUGAGCCAGCGGGAGAAGCUGGAGCAUUGGAUCCAUGACAUCCUCCAGCGAGCGGACAAGAACAAGGACAACAAGAUGAGCUUCAAGGAGAUCAAAAGCAUGCUGCGCAUGAUCAACAUCGACAUGAACGACCUCUACGCUUACAGGCUCUUCAAGGAGUGUGAUAAAUCGAACAACGACCGUUUGGAGGAGCACGAGAUCGAGGAGUUCUGCACGCGUCUGAUGGCCCGCCCCGAACUAGAAGACAUUUUCCACCGCUACUCGGGAGAGGACUGCGUGCUGUCGGCCGAGGAACUGCGGGAAUUCCUGCGUGACCAGGGCGAGGAGGCGAGCUUGCAGCGGGCUCGUGAGAUCAUCCAGAUGUACGAGCUGAAUGAGAAAGCCAGGCAGCACGAUCUCAUGAUGCUGGACGGGUUCACCAUGUACCUGCUGUCAUCGGCCGGGAGCAUCCUCAACCGGGCCCACGCUGGCAUCUACCAAGACAUGAGCCAGCCUCUCUGCCACUACUUCAUCUCCAGCUCCCAUAACACCUACCUGACAGACAACCAGAUUGGAGGGGCCAGCAGUACAGAGGCCUACAUCCGAGCGUUGAUGAAAGGGUGCCGGUGCGUAGAACUUGACUGCUGGGAAGGAUCCAAUGGGGAGCCCGUCAUCUACCACGGCCACACGCUCACCUCGAAGAUCCUCUUCCGGGACGCCAUUGAGAGCAUUCGGGACUAUGCAUUCAAGCAGUCUCCCUACCCCUUGAUCCUCUCGCUGGAAAACCACUGCGGUCUGGAGCAGCAGUCCGCCAUGGCCCGCCACAUGAAGACCAUCUUGGGGGACAUGCUUCUGACUCAGCCGCUGGAUGGAGACACCCCCAAACAGCUCCCCUCCCCGGAGCAGUUAAAGUGGAAGAUCUUGGUGAAGGGGAAGAAGUUGCCGGAGGAGAAGACCGAGUCAGAGAGAGGGAGUUUCAUCUCCAGUCAUGAAGAGGAGACGGAGGAUGAAGAUGAGAAGUCCACAAACUCUCUCCAGGAGAUCAAACCCUUACAGGCGAAAGAUGCCACGCAGAUUUCCCGGGAGCUCUCCGACGUGGUCGUGUACUGCCGGUCGGUCCCCUUCCAGAGCUUGCCUCGGGCUGUGCAUCACCAGCACUCCUCAGAGAUGUCUUCGUUCAGUGAGCGGAAAGCCAGGAAGCUGAUCAAGGAAUCAGGAAACCUUUUUGUCCGCUACAACACACGACACCUCAGCCGUGUUUACCCCCUGGGGCUCAAGAUGAACUCCUCCAAUUACAACCCCCAGGAGAUGUGGAAUGCCGGCUGCCAGCUGGUGGCACUUAAUUUCCAGACCCCGGGGACAGAGAUGGACCUCAACGACGGGCGCUUCCUGGUGAACGGGCGCUGCGGCUACGUGCUGAAGCCCGCCUGGCUGCGCCACAGCCAGAGCACCUUUGAUCCCGAGUCCCCCCGGCGUGGCACUGGCCAGCGCCCCAUCGCCCUCACGGUCAAGGUGAUCACAGCCCAGCAGCUCCCCAAGCUGAACAAAGAAAAGAAGUCCUCCAUUGUGGACCCCUUUGUGCGCGUGGAGAUUCACGGGGUUCCCGCGGACUGUUGCAAGAAGCAAACGGAGUAUCGGCUGAACAACGGAUUCAAUCCCUGCUGGAACGAAACGCUCACGUUCCAGGUCCGGGUUCCAGAGUUGGCCUUGGUGCGCUUUGCAGUGGAGGAUUACGACACAACUUCUUCCAAUGACUUUGUGGGACAGGCCACUCUGCCACUGCCCAGCGUGAAGGAAGGCUAUCGCCAUAUCCACCUGCUCUCCAAAGACGGCUCGCCCCUGUCUCCGGCCACGCUUUUUGUGCACAUAAAAUGCAGGAAGAUGUGAAAAGGAGCUGACAAGAUGCAACGGACUCUCCGACCGCAGCAGAAAAAUGACCGAGCAGCUGCGCUAGUUCUUGGUGACACCUCCCCCUCCCCGUGAAGCCCUGUGGGCUCCUGAGCCACAAAGAGGAAGGGGCAGAAGCCCCCGUGGGCUGGGCUGAAACCGUGGCGUGGAAGUCGACCCUUGCUUGAAGGUUCCAACUCUGCUGGAGUCAGGGAUCUGAGGUGGCGUGGAGUCCAAAAGCGGAAAACCUCUUCUGAACCCAAUUUGGGGUGCCAGGAGGAUGCCUUCUCUUCCCUUUCCCCCUGGGAUAGCUUGGGAAAUGGGCCGCAGGGAGGGGAGGUUCCCUUGGCUGAGUUUCCUACAAUCGACACACAUCUUACAGGUAGCAGUUAGAGAAAGGAUCUGUUAAGCUGUCUUUCAGGGAACAGGAGUGCUCGUGUGAAACGGAACAGAGAACAGCCAGCCUGCAAAAAUUCGGGCAGGUGUGCCCUGCCUCGGAGGCCUCCGUUGUCCCAUGUGCAGCAGCAUCUCCGUCACCGCACUGGCUCGGGGUUUGGCUGAAAUUGCCAAAGCAGAAUGGCCUGACGGAGCGUCAGGUUGGGUGUGUGGCAACAGAGGCUUUUUAGCUUAUGCCUGGCAGAUGUCUGUUCGAAGCCAGUGACGGCCACUGCAUUUGAAACGGAUAGCCCUGCCCCCCCACCCACCCCGUUCCAGCAUCAGAGUCUCCAACAGCUGAUGGUUUCCACUGAAAAAGGAGGUUAGAAAGAGGAAGCCCCAGUUUUAGGAGCAGCAGUGGCGCAGGAGGUGAAGAGCUCAUGUAUCUAAUCUAGAGGAACUGCGUUUGAUUCCCCGCUCUGCCGCCUGAGCUGCGGAGGCUUCUCUGGGGAACUAGAUUAGC